AUUGUGGUGUAAACAAUAACACAAUUGGAAAUUAAUCAAUGACUUUUGGGAGUAGUAUAAGCCAUCGCAUCCGGACCAGUGUUUUAAGAACCGGAUCGGACCAGCCGGUUCAACCGGUUGAACCGUCAACCGGUGGACAAAACGGGCUGGGUGGACACCCAGGCCCGUUUAGACGGUUGGAUCGUCCAAACCCGGAAGAACCGUUCGACCCGUUCGACCCGUCCAACCCGAUGGACCCGGUGAACCGGCCGGGCGAAUUCUUCCAUGUCUCCAUUUGUUCUCCACUCUCAAAUCCAGUCUCCAUUGCUUUUCCAGAUCUGAUCGUUGUUCUCCAUUACUGUUCUGGAUUCUUUAGUUUCCAACUUUCCAUCACUUUUCCAGCCAUAUCGACAAAGAAGAAACCACAGGGUAGCACCGUAGCAGAUCGGGCAACAGAUCAGCUUCUCCUUCGCAUCUCCAGAUCCAACAGCAGAUCAGCUUCUCCAUCGCAUCUCCAGAUCGGGAAGCAGAGGGCAGCAGAUCAAAUCAGCCUUCAUCGAAAGACUUGUCUAAAACCACCCAUUAAAUUAGAGGUUGAUAAAAAGGAGCCAUGAAAGAUCAUAAUUGGGUUUUUGUUUUUUUUUUUUUUAAAUCACUUGAUGAUGGUUUGUGUUCUGAUGAAGUGAUGAUCGAUUGCAAUGGAAUUAAUUGUACAGGGCACU